CUUUAUAAAUCUUCUGUAUGUUGGUUUCUUCUGCUUCAGCUCUUGGAUCUAUUCAUCCAAUGGGACUGGUCGACGUAUUUGGCUGACUACGGGCAACCCACAUGCAAGUAUCUUCGCGUGAACCCAACGACAGCCCUUGUCCUGCUGGAAAAGAUGAAGGACACGAGCAGAAAAAACAACGUCUUUGCCCAGUUUCGGAAGAACGAGAGGGACAAGCAGAAGCUGAUCGACACCGUGGCCAAGCAGCUCCGCAGCCUCAUCAACAGCCAUCACUCGUGA